AUGACGAGGCCAAACGCGCCCAUGCUCAACGGCCUGUCGCCCAUCUCGGACACAUCGUCCCUGGAACACCACUCACCCCACACUCGAGAUAGGGCGGAUGUCGCCUCCUUUGCGCCAGACCCGCGCAACCACAGCCACAGCACCGCACAACAACAUGCCGGCGCUGAUGGCUUUGCCCACCGGGCCUGCGAGAAGUGUCGCGCAUCAAAGAGGAAAUGCGAUAAGACGCUCCCCUAUUGUACUAGAUGCACACGACUGAAUGCAAAAUGUGUAUAUCUUGCCGACUCUGUGGGAUCAAACCAAGGCACCAAUGGUGCGCCUUUGGUCAUCUUCCAGCCUCGUGCAUCGUCAAACGAUGUGCUACUGAGAAGCCCUGACCCACUUCAGGAGAUCGCGCCAUCUCAGAUCCUCGCUCUCAUUUCAAAGGAUGCCCAGGCUGGUGAGAACACGGACUGGACUGAUGGCGUCCGAGCCUACUAUGACUAUAUCCAUUCGUGGUAUGCCGUCGUUCAUCGCGGCUUCUUUGAGCAACAAUUGUCUGGAGGCACCCCGGCGGGGGACACUCCACCAGGCCAGGUUACUCAGGUUUACUCACCCCCACUCACGAGCUCGCCGCCCUCAGAGACAUCGCCCCCUACCUCGGUCGCGCACAUCAUGACUUCACCCGGCUCGGUGCCGGAGCCGCAGGUCAGCCGCGAGUUCGCCCUCGUCAUCGUCACCAUGUAUUUAAUCACCCGGCAUCGACUCACCAAAACCGGAACCAGGCCAAUGUAUGACGACUUGUACCACUUUGUCAAACGUAUCGUGGCUCUGGCCUUUUUGGAGAACAGGGUUCCAAGGAUUGAGCUCAUACAGUGCAGCGCGCUGCUUGCAAUGUACGAGUACGGUCACGGAGAUUCUUGUCUUGCUUACAGGACCCUAAGCGAGGCCGUGGCUGCGGCGAGGGUAGUAGGGAUCAGACCAGGCCAGCUCAACAGCGAUGGCGAUGCUAUGUUGCAAAUUGGCACCAAUGUUGAAGAGGAACAGAAGAGCUGCAUUUGGUGGAGUUUGUUCAUCCUGGAUCAGUUCUUGCACAGAGAUAAAAUGGCUGAGAAUUUCCCCUUCGUUAUGGAAAGCCCAGAGAUGAACACUCUUCUCCCAGCGUCAAUAACGCCACCAACGCCAACUCAAUCAGGACGAUUUGAUGUCAAAUAUCUCUGCGAGCAGCCAACGCCGCCUCGGCAAAGGUUGCCCAUCAGUGUUGCAGUAGACACGCAAAAGUUGGAGCAAUUUCAGCUUUCAGCUAAAAUUUCCUGUCUCCUCCACCGGGCUCUCCGACAUGAACAUUAUAGCCGGACAAGACCUGGCUAUCUUCCCCCAGUCACCUCUUUCUCUAGCUUGGAUUCGGAGAUUCGAGCAGCAACACAAACGCUUUUGCGAGAUGAUGUAACUAAUUGGCAAGUCACUCUUGACUGCUUCGCCAUGGCUGUUUCAGCGCUUUUCAGUCUCUAUUUGCCAUACCUUCCCGUCCUGGAGAAUAAAACAAGGGAUCAGAUACAACAAGACCAUGACCUGACAACAGCACUUGCUGCUCUGCGCUUCGCUGCACAGCUUUCAGUAGAUAUCAGCUGCAAAGCAAACGUGGACAUGCAGAGAACGGCAACUCAAGAGGCAUCAGCACUGAAGUUUGUUGUUGCACCGGCAGCACCUACAUGCUAUCUCGUGGUCAAGACGUAUGCAACGCUACGCAAGAUUUUCCCAGAGGAAUGGCAGCAGUGCCAGGACGCCAUGGAAGCUAAAUUUGAAAGUCUCAAGAUAUUUGCUCAUCGUUGGGGAAUUGCUGAAAAGAUGAUGUGUCAGCUCCAAGACUUGGCUGGCUUGGAUCGACAGGAUUUCCUCAAGCCUGAUCCACCAACACCCGAGUCCAUGAACAGUAGCAGCGGGCCCAUGGACAUUUGUCCGUGA